AUGCCGCAUGAGGGCGGAGGGGAGGGUUGCGAGCGGAAUGGAGUGCGCCGCGACCGCUCACUUCCGGAGGCUGGCUUCGCGCCCAUUGAAGUGUCAUUCACCGCCGCCGAGAAGACCCGCGCCCGCGUGCGAACGAGGAGCCGGUGGGUGCAGCGGACGCCUCGCGCUCGUGUGAACGUCCCGACGGACGGAGGCGCUGACAGGCGGCAGCGCGCUCUACGCACAAAAGUCCUACGGCCGGACGCAGCACGGGCGAAGAAUGGAGCGCGAGUAAAUGGUCUCGGAGCGGCUCUCGGAGAUGCGUGGGUUGGAGAUGAUGAUGUUGGGGAUAGCGAGUGGCACACGUUUGCCGACGUGGAACAAAAUACGAGGAAUAUUGUUAAGGAUUAUUAA